GCUCAAUCGCAAUUACCGUUCUGUUUGUGGAUGAUAACGUUCUUCUUACUAAUUGAUAAGAAGAAGGAGAGAGGGAAAAAAGAAUUUGUUUGAAACCUCGUGAGUCAGAAGCAAUCAAAGAAAAGCUACACUUACAAUACCGUAGCGCACCACAAAUUUCAAAGAAGAACUCUUUUAAAACCAAGCCGASCGUACGAGACCGUAACCACCAUGGAACCUCCGUCCUCGAGCCCCUCGCACCCCAUCGAGCACCAACACCAGGAAAGCCUUGGGUACCGCCGUCCUUCCAUUGGCAACGGCAGCAUCGCCGGGACGAACGGCGGCAGCAGCGGCCGAAGCACCUCCCGGAGCGUCCUUUCUCGAGAAAAGGCAAACUCCUACGCACAAAAGCUCAACAACAGCGCCGUGUUGUGCAUAGAAAUCGGGGAGCACGAGCGAGCCAUAAAGUCUCUGGGAAAGGCGCUGAAACUCCUGGAACGCAGCAGCAGCUGUAGCAGCGGCAGCGGUGGCCCCUCGUACGCGGGGGAUCCGUGCUGCGAUUGCACCCUCGAUGGGUGCCUCUCGUACUCCGAAACCAUCGUCGAUGCCAUCGUCCUGGAACGGGAGAUGAAGGAAAACGGGGGGACCGGACGCUCCGACUAUGUCGCCAACGGACCCAACACCAAGAAACGGAGACUGUCCCCUCCGCGAUCGUCCGUUCCAUGCGCUCCGCAAGAACAAGAACAAGACGCGAGCAACAACAGAUACUUCUGGACUCCCCCAGAGGAAGAAGACGGCCGCCUCAAAAGCAGCCCCGGAUCGAUAUACCGGAGGCCGAUCCGCAUACCUCCUCGAUACAUUCUCGAAGGCUCGAUCGAGGAAUCGACACUCGUGUCCGUCAUCAACUUCAACAUCGCCCUGGCCUUCCAGCUGUGGAGCAUCGCGCUCGGCACGGCAAGCGUUACCGUUGCGUGCAACACAACGACGAGUGCRGCAGCAAGCACCAGAAAGGAAGAAACCAAGCGCCAGAGGCAGGCAAGAUUCUCCGAUAUCGCGAUCAGGCUCUACACCCUCGCCGACCCGUCGAAGCACGGGMGCUCCGAAGAGACCGGCAUUUGCCCGUGCACCAGCGAAGAGGAACCGCCAAGCAGAGAGGGCGACGUUUGUCCGCAGCAAAGUCCGCGUCCGAGCAGCAACCGGCACUCUUCCAAGAACUGCGGUAAUCACAUUCGGUUCCACAUGAUUGUGUGCAACAACUUGAGUCAGCUCUACCGAUCUAUAAACAAUGUACCGAAGCACAAAGAAUGCCUCCAGGACUUGCUGUCGUCCAUAGUUCUCUUGGUUGAUCAAUACCAACGGCAGGUACAGGAACAGCAUUUCGAAUCAAGCAACUCGUAUGGCGAUCAAGGCGAGGCAGCAGCAGCACUUCACUUGGAUCUGCUUCAACAGGAUUAUUGCGAGGACGAAGAAGACGUCUCUAUUCUGGCAACUACUACUAGUUUUGCGAGGAGAAGAAGAGCAUCGAUUGGUUGCCAAUACCAUUUGCACGAAUUUGCACAUAACACUGCACAUAUUGUCCUCCGACAGUACUGUGCAGACGCUGCUUAGACGCAAUAGAUUGUAUUGUAUUUGACACUUGAUACCAGAUACAAUGUAUGCACAUAGUACAAUCUAAACAAUUCUAAGUUGGAAAUGUAUUAUUAUCAAACAAUCGACUACAAACUGAUCUAUAGAUACAACUGUAAAGAGCGUAMUAAUCAAUAGAUGCAUGGUUAAUAUUUGCUACAACAUGAUGUUGAAAUAAAACUGCUCGUGUAUCAUAACAUCUCUGCUACCAUAGACGCGAGGAAAGCACGUAAACACACUAUGCGAUAAAAAGAGGUGAAGUUUCUAGUAUUUCCGCUGCAUCGUCAUAAAAUAAACCUACCGUACCAACAGGUAGUUCGUUACUACGUACCGUAAUAGUAAAGUACCGGCCAGAAGGCACGAGUCCGAUGCAGUACAUCCCGAAAGUCAACUGGCAACGUUCGUCGGUACGUACUUGUACUACUCCGUAGCUACUGCAGCUGUCGGGUGCCGCGUCCCUGGCUGGCAACAAAAAGCUAUCCCCKGCAGUGGUCCCACUCCCGCCUGCCUCGAACAGUGGGCUGGCACAUUAUCGUUUCGCAACACCGCAGCUCCACGGGACGUUGCACAGGCGCUUUGCACUCUAGCAG